AUGAAGACCGCACUUUUCCUCUUUAUUUUUAUCUUUUUCAAGGUACAAGGAUUUCCCACGCUAUCAGAUGAAGAUGCUGAUGCAGGAGAACUUAGGGAUGACAUACUUGAAAUCAAUAAAGGCUUAAACCAUUUGAAUGAGGGAGAUAUAGCUGGUAAUCAUCACAGGAAUGCACUGGUGGAUGAAAGCAUGAGAUGGAAAUUUCCCAUUCCCUACAUUCUGACAGAUUCUUUAGACUUGAAUGCCAAAGGUGUGAUCCUGCAGGCCUUUGAGGAGUACAGGCUGCGCUCUUGUGUGGAUUUCAAACCGUAUGGAGGAGAGAGAACCUACAUCUCCUUCACCAAACAGAACGGGUGCUGGUCAUAUGUGGGGGAUUUUAAAACGGGUCAAGACUUAUCCAUCGGGGCGGGCUGUGACACUAAAGCCAUUGUGGAACAUGAGCUGCUUCACGCCUUGGGCUUCUACCAUGAACAGUCACGCUCUGACAGGGAUGACUACGUCAAGAUCUGGUGGGACCAAAUACAAGAAGGAAAGGAGAAUAACUUUAAAAAAUACGAAGACUACUACAUCACGGACUUGAACACAGCGUAUGAUUACGAGUCCAUCAUGCACUACAGGCCCCUGUCAUUUAACAAGAAUGCGUCCAUCCCAACCAUCACCACCACCAUCCCCGAGUUCAACAACGUCAUUGGACAGCGCUUUGACUUCAGUGCUGUCGACAUCACCAGACUCAACCGCAUGUACGACUGUGCAAACUCUCACACUCUGUUGGACCAGUGCUCCUUUGAACUGAUAAACAUCUGUGGAAUGAUCCAGAAUGAGGCUGACAAUGGUGACUGGGUGCACACCCUGAGCACCACCACAGACCCAGACCACACCUUGGGUGGCCACUGCAAAGAUUCUGGUUAUUAUAUGAAGUUUGAUAAGUCGUCUGGAGCGGCUGGGAGCAGUGCUUUGCUGGAGUCUCGGAUUCUCUAUCCCAAACGGUCAGAGCAGUGUCUGCAGUUCUUCUACAAGAUGACAGGGGCCGCAAGAGACGCACUGGUGCUGUGGGUGCGCAUGGAUGAUGGAACAGGCAGUGUCACCAGCCUCAAGAAGGUUCACACCUUCUCAGGGGAUGCUGACAGUGACUGGAAAAUAGCUCACGUCCCUCUCAAAGUAAAACAGAAGUUCCGUUACGUCUUCCAGGGAGUCCGCGGCACUGAAACUUCAACUGGUGCCAUUUUUAUUGAUGACAUCACUCUCACUGAGACCAUCUGUCCGAGUGCUGUGUGGCAGAUCAAGAACUUUAAGAAUCUAACGGAAACCAUUCCUGUUGGCGGCAGUUUGAGGAGCAGCUGCUUCUACAACCCAGAGGGAUAUGGUUUUGGUCUCUCUAUGUACCCCAGGUCUGCGAAAAAUCCAGACUACAUGGGCUUGUUCUUUCACCUUUGCAGUGGGGAGAAUGAUGCAGUGCUGGAGUGGCCAGUUAAAAACAGACAGGUGACAGUGGUCGCCAUGGACCAGGAUCCAGAUGUGAGACUGAGGAUGUCAUCUACGCGAAGUUACACUACAGACUCAGAACCUCGUUGGAACCGUCCCUCUGCCUCCUCGGGGGCCACACUGGACCCCUCCUGUAACUGUUACCGUGGGCCCAGCUUUGGCUGGUCCACGUUCAUAUCCCACCAACACCUGCUCCGGCGCAACUUCCUCAAGAACGGCGACCUCAUCCUCACCGCCAACUUCGACGACUUGACUCACCUGAUAAAGACAGAGGUCCCAGUCAAACCUAUUGUCUCCAGUGAGGCAGUCCCCAAGGAGGAGCCGGUCCGAUUGGGUGGUCCAAAGCCCAGAGAGGCCCGAGCUGUCACCGCCUGUCACCCGGAGCUCUGUCUAAAUGGAGGGGUUUGUGUAGAGAUUGAGGACGUCGCCUCCUGCAGGUGUGCCUCAACUCAGAGCACCUUCUACACGGGCGACAGAUGUGAGCGUCUGAACAUACACAGGGGCAUUCUGGGAGCUCUGGUCGCAGGAGUGGUUGGGACCAUCAUCCUAACCGCCGCCAUCUUUACUGUUGUGAAGAGAACUUAGUACCAAACUGUAUUCAGUCAACCACAUGAGGGAUUCAAAUAC